AUGGAUAGUCCUAUUAUUGUUGAUAUCCAACCACCACCAAUAGUCAAUGAACUUCAAGACAAUCACCAUCAUGACAAUAACAAUAGAGAAUCAAAUUCAAAUGUAUCAUUGCUUACAUUGAUGUUGGAGAAGAAAGAGAUUGGUCAGAGCAAUGUCAACGAAUCGUUCUUCAAGGUGUUUCGAUUUCAAGUGCUAAGAAAAAAGAUAUUUUCAAUGAUCAAUCCGAUCACUUUGAAACUUGCAAAGCUUUUAUAUCAUUAUGGAAAAACUCCAGCCCCGAAUAUUGUUAAAUUCGAAACCAAGAUCGCAGCAUCGUAUCUUCUUGACAAUGGAAUGACCGGUCUGUUCAUCGACAAAUUCCGUUACGCUUUCAAUACACUCAGUUUCCGUUGUCCCAAAGGAUCGAUGACGACAAUGAUCUUUGAGAAGAUCGGUGAUUGUCGCCGAUUCGACAUGCUAGAUAUCAUCUUUCGAAAGUGGAGGACAUCGCUGAUGCCGGUGGCGUUCGACGCCGCCUGUGGAUCAGGUCACUUUGAGAUCAUCGAGUAUGUCAGUGCACUCGGAUGCAAACCAUCAUCGAAAGCAGCACUGUGUGCAGCCAAAUACAAUAGAAUCAAUGUACUCAAGUAUCUCUAUCGUAAUCUAGAGUAUCGACCGCUGUUCAAUGAUCAAGUCAGUCUAUUCGCAAUGCAAAAUAUGAGCCACGACGUCAUGAUGUGGUUGAUCGAGCAGAGUGAUAUACCAAUCAACAUUUCAGUGAUCUCUUCACUUCCUUACCCAACCACUGAUGAAAAGUACAAAUUUGCAUUGAAAAUAAGAGAUACUUACAAAGCAGCUCGCUCUACUUAUCCAGAGAAAUGGGAUGUAGAUUUACUCUUCAUGAAGAAUAGAUUAAGUGACCGUAUUAUUAAUGGAUUACACCAUUAG